AUGUUUUCAGUCUGCGCUUGUUGUCGUUAGUGGGUGUUUCGGAGCUCGCGCAUUUUGCAUGGUCCAGUCGACGAAGCAGGUACUAUUGUUUGCCUCAUUGAGAUACAGAUACAAUUACUCGUACGCCGGCUGAUCCUGCGUCCCCCGAACGUUCGUUGAACUUCGUCUUUUGUUAAACACCACUAGUGGCAGCAACAAAAUAAAUAUAAACAAGAAAAUAAUACAAAUAUAAAUAAAAUUCGUACAUGAAAUAGCGGGCAAAAAUGCUUACCGGCAAGCUCAAGCUUCCACUGUUGUUUACUAGUGUAAGUAAGCGAGCGUGUGUGUGUGGUGUUGCUUGUAGGUGUGUGUAUAUAAGUGUAAGCGGAAGUCAUCGCAUCGGCCGUUGUUGUGCUGUAACGGAAGUAUGUUAUUAGUGCGACGGAAAAUUGUAUUUACUUAAUAUGUACUCCAAAAAUGUUGAAACUCACAAGUUGUGGCACAAAAGUAAAUCAAAUUAAUUCAAAUUUAUGGCAAAAAUAAAAAUCUGCAUACGAGGGCGCUUAACUUGCAGAUGUGUGAGUGUGUAUGUGUGCGUUGUACGGCGAGUUGUCAAAAGUUUUAAUUGAAGAAAACUUAUGUGAAAGCUAAAGUUGCACACAUAAAUAUUCGUUAUGCUAAUUGAAUUACAACUACUGUAACAACCAAUGCAUGUCUGUGCGAAAGUCCUAAAGGAGGAGGAUAAGUGACAACAAGAGAAAGGUGUUGAAAAAGAUAAUCCACUGGAACCUUAUAUCCGCAUGACCUAUAAAUACUCGAGUCAAUUUUCGUAUACCUCACAGUUCAAUUGUGUAACUGAAACUAUCGAAACAUGCAUAUUCAACGCCUUGCGAUUCUUCUGCUGAUGGUAACUGCUGCCCAGGCGAAUGCCAUUCAAAAAUCCAUACAACAUCCCAAAGAAAUAAAGCAGCAAGUGCAGCCGGAGCAGACGAAAAUUUCCAAUGAAGUGCCAGUUCUUGUUGAGCAAGGCAAUUCUAUUGUCAAACAGGAGUUGCCAAUAUCCCAGACAGUCUCUUCUGCUGCUAGACCCCAAAAGCUGAAUCCUAAGCCGCAAUCCAAUUUGAUCUCAGAAGAAACGGCGCCAGUUGAACGGAAACCUACUAAUACGGCUAUCAAGACUGAACAGCCUGCUGCCAAGGUACCAGAGAAGCAACCCAAUGUCAGUGUUAAGGAUGAAGUUGGAGUCCUUCCAUCUGUAGCAGAAAAAGCUGCGCCAGUUGAGCGGAAACCUACUAAUACGGCUAUUAAGACUGCACAGCCUGCUGUCAAGGAACAAGAGAAACAGCCAAAUGUUAAUGCUAAGGAUCAGCACAAACUACCUAAUAAUAUUCCUGUAGCACCUGCUGGUACAGUUGGAGCUUUGCCACCUGUAGCUUCUGUGCCUCUUACAGAUGUUGUGGCAUCUUCUGUCGCAGCAAAGCUUCCUGUGGUACCUGCAGCUCCUGUUGCAGUUAAAGCUCCAGAUGCACCUAAAGCCAAUGCGGCUGCGGCUAUUCAUGAACAGCCUGCAGCUCCUGUUGUAGUUAAAACUUCGGCAGCACUUAAUUCCCAUGUCGCUCCGGCUGUUCCUAAACAGCAACUCACCAAUGCGAUUCCAAAACUAGAGGUUAUGGUUGCAGUGGCACCUGAAGCUCCUACCUCUCUAGUUGUUGAUGCAGCUCCUGUAGCUCUCAAGGUUGAUGACGCUUCUAUCAUUCCUGUAGUCGAGGAACAGAAGAAGCUCAAUAAUGUGUUUUCCAAAGGACAAGCCUCACAUGUAGCUUCUGGUGUUACUGCAGGACUCGUGGCUAAGGAACAGCAGAAGUUACCCAGCGUGAUUUCGAGCAAACUAGCCUCUCCUGUAGUUUUCGUUUCCAAGGACCAGCAGAAAGAUUCCAGUGUUGUACCCACGCAAGUUGCGAAGGAAACCUUGACGCACGAUAAGCACGAGGAACAGCUUGUAUUGAAAGGCGAGCAAAAGCAGAUUCAGGGUGAAAAGUUUGAAAAUACUGACCAAAAAGUGGUGAGUCAAACUGGAGCUGAGGCACGUGUUGGCUUCCUCGACUCCUUCUACAUUAUUGACGAUAGUACGCUCAGCAAUGACAGCGAUUCAAAUACAAGCAAUGAUACUUCUUCAUCAACGCACAAGCAUACGCAUACACAUGAACAUAUCUACUAUAAACCAGCGUUAUUCCCGCUCCCACCGCCGCCUUUUGUUAGCUUUGUUUCAGAUUCGGCCAGCUCGUCAUCAAAUGGUUAUGGCAACAAGUACGGAAACAGCAAUAAGUACACCAACACUAGCGAUAAUACUAAUUAUUACUACAACAAAUAUGGCUCCUCAUCUUCUGGCAACAAAUACGGCUCCUCAUCUUCUGGCAGCAAGCCAGGCUAUUUUCCACUGCCACUGCUCCCCAUUCCCUUUUGGAAACCUGGCAGUGUCUUCUCGUCAAAUGAAAAGUAUAAUACCACUAGCAGUUCGGAUGAUCCAUUCUACAACUAUAAGCCAAAUUACUUCGAGAUUCCUUCAUUCUACAUUAACGAAAAGCGCGCUCACGAGGAUGCGGGAUCUUUUGGCAACCAGCAAGGUCUCGUGCUGAUUGGCCAUAUCUUCCUACAUAUAAAACCCCAGAGUGGCAAUGGACAAACAGCCGAUUUCAGCUCCGGUAACACUGCAUCCAAUUCACUCUUGGACAAUGACAAAACCAAGCCAACUACAGGCAAUGUUGUUAAGGACGACAGCUCGGCAAAAAUUGAAGAACCUCUUCACAACUCUCAACUACUGCUGCAACCUCUUGUCUAUCCUACGAACAACGAGAAUUCUGAAGGCAAUACCAAUCCUUUACCUAAUCAAAUCAACGAAAUCUAUAGGAGCUUACAUCUUGUACAUCCCACCACCCAACAACGCUCUCAAUCUCCAGAUGUUAGCGAAGAGGGCGCUGUUCUCUUUGCCGUGGAGAUACCGAAGCCCAUCUACCGCUUUUUCAAGUCCGUCUUUGGUGUCUUCUCUUAUUGAUAUAUAGUUUGCUAUAUCCAUAUAUGAAACAGCAACAAUUCAUUUCCAUAGAUCCUAAUUAGUAUUUAAAUUGAAAUUAAAUACACAUUUCCACGCAAAUGAAACAUGCAUAUUUCAUAG